GUCCUCUCUCUCACCCCCCAGAUUGGUGGCCCCUGGAUCGUGUGGCGGACUACGAUGCUGAGGUCGUUCCCUUCGACGGGAAGCUGCACACAGACACACGCCGCGGCUCAAUGAACUCUCGCUCCGAGCCGGAACAACACUAGAGGAACUCAUCCAAACCAGCCAGGGAGGACGCAGGGUAGGGGGGAAGGCUUUCACGGCGACACCAGUCCCAGGAGCCAUGGCAGCGACGGAGGUGUGCGCAGCACCCGUCCAGGAAGACGGCGCAACGGGAACCAAGUCGGAGGCGGAGACGGCCCCCUCAGACGCUGUGAACAGCGAGGUCGUGGAGAAAGAGACUGAGGUUGUGAACAAAGAGGUCAUGAACAACGAGGUCGUCAAUGACGAGGCGGCCGGCGCGGAGACCUCUCCCGCAGCGACGGAGGAGGAGGCCAAGCCCGCCGACGGCGUUGCCGAGGAGACCCCGGCGGCGAGCACAGAGCCGCCGGCGGAGGGGAAGGCCAAGCCGGCCCACGACGGGAUCUGGGACUCCUUCCUGAACAAGAGCGGCCUGGGGAAGGUGAUGGGCGGGAGGAAGAAGAAAGAGCCGAGCGCCGGGGGCGAGGAGGCCGGCGCCGAGGGGGCGGAGCCACAGGAGAAGGUCAACGGGGAGGAGGCCCUGGCGGAGGGGGCGGAGUCAGGGGCGGCGGCGGCCGAGGACCAGGCCGUGGAGAAUGCAGCGGAAGGCGACGAGGGUGCUGAGGGGAAGAAAGAGGGGAAGGAGGCCAAGCCCAAGCACGGGGAGAAGUCCAGCGUCAGAGACAUGAUCCGCAAACCCGUGGCCCGGAUCUUCUCCCACAAAAGUACGGACAAGAAGGACGCGGCGGACGGGGAGCCCCAGAAACCAGUCCGGUCCAAGUCCCUGGACCGCCUGGAGGACCCCGAGGCCUGCAACGCCGCGGCCGAGCCGGCAGACCCAGCCGAGGAGAGCCAGGUUGAAGACGCCGAGGCCCAGAAGCCCUCCACCUCCACUCCCUCCUCCUCCUCCACCAAACACAUGAAGCGUUGGCACUCCUUCAAGAAGCUGAUGGCCCAGCGCACCCACAAGAAGGGCUCCGACGACCCCAAGGACACCGAGGUGGUGGAGGCCGAGGCCGAGGCCGGGGCAGGGGACAGCUCCACCCUGGACUCCAAGGGGGAGAACAGCGGGCAGAAGAGGUGGAAGCUCAAGAGGUCCUGGACCUUCCAGGGCCUGAAGAGAGACUCGUCUGUCGUUGGUCUCAGCAAGGUCGCCAAGGGCUCCGACAAGGAUGCCACGGACGCCAAGGGGGAGGAGCCGGCCACGGCCGAUGGCGAGCCGGCAGCCACUGGCGAAUCAGAGGAGGCCAAGGUGGCUGAAGACGGCGAGGCGGCGGAGAAGGCGGAGGGAGAGGACGAGAAAGGAGCGGCGGCUGCCGGAGGCACAGUCUCGCAGCACGCCAACGAGAUCUGGACUUCCUUCAAGAAACGCGUCACCCCCAAGUCGAAAAAGCCGGCGGCGGAGAGUGCGGCGAGCGGGGAGGAGGAGGGUGCGGCGGCCGCCCCGUCAGGUGACCAGGAGCAGACGGAGGACCUGGCGUCCGGCAAGGAACCCAAGACUGCCAAGGCCAAGCGUACGCACUUCAACCGCGCCGUGUCGCUGAAGAACUUCAUCCUGCGGAAGGGGAAAAGCACCAGCGUGGACCAGCCAGACGACCCGCCGAAGGAGGGCGAGGAAGAGGCGGAGGGGGCGGCGGCGAGCGCCGACGGCGAGGCGGAGCCAGCAGCCGGCGAGGCUGCGAGCGCUCCGGGCGACAGCGGCGAGAAGGCCACCGAGGCUCAGGUGGCCGCCGAUCACACGGCCGAGGGCGGCGAGGAGAAGCCGGCCGACGCCACGCCGGCUCCAGCGGCUGCCGCCCCCACGCCAGAGAAGAAGAGCGACGCGGUGGCCGAGCCCGCCUCCGCACCGGCGCCCGCCGCGCCCGAGGUCACGACCAACGGGGAGAACGGGUGCACGAACGGGACAACGGAGGACGACGCCACGCACAAUCACGAGAGCAGCCCCAAGAAGGACGACGUCAACAACACCGCCGCCAAGAAGGACGCCAAGAUGGCCAAGGCUUCGCAGGGGAACGCAGUCGCCCAAAGCGAAAAAAAGGCGGGAAACGUGUGAGGCCACACAAAGAGGAUUAGAUCUGCAUGGGAUUCGCUUGUUCAGCGCGGAGUUCUGACCCCGCCCCUCUCCCCCACACUGCCCCUCCCCCACCCCCCGAAUAACGGAGUAAUCACAUGUUUGCGCCACGAUUCACCAUGGUGAGAGCGAUGCAAUCCAUAUAGAUUGAAAAAAAAAAAAAGAUUUAAAUUUACUCAAAAAGCAAUAAUUCAGUCAUCGUCAAUCAUUAGCAGUUCUUGCUUCCCAUUUCACCCCUGUACUUUUUAUUUGUUUUGCUUGUUCUCUUGUGAGAUUUUAUAUUGUCUAAAGAAAGAGAAAAAAAAACAAAACGAAAUUGAAACCGAGACAUUCCACUCUUUGUCAAAUGUUAUAUUCUCUAACGAUCUCUCAUGCCAGGAUAAAAAAAGACUGUUAGUUUUAUAUCAAUGGCCAUUAUGUCUGUAGUUAUUCCUAAUAGAUAUUUCAGAGUGCUCCAGAACACUAUGUCUGACCCGAAGACCGCUCCCCUCCCUCCCUCCCCCCUCCCUCCCUCACUCCCCCCAUGUAUGUGGACCCAUUAAAGGAAUGUGUUCUGAUCUCUGUGUUAAUGUUUUUAGACUGUUCUCCUGUGUACAUGAACAAACCACCAUAAAAUAUUAAAUCGAAAAAACGA